AUAACUAAAAUACCCCUCUCUAGUUAUAAAAGAUCAUAAAAGUUUUUUUGUUCGUUGCCACGUUUACACACGGCGGGUAAAACCGUUGACCUAUCUCCGUCCACCCCCCGCCCCGCCCCGCCAUUCUCCUCCGCCGUUUACCCACCUCACCCACCCACGCCUGUAAAUUCAUACCCACUCUUAAAACUUCCCAACAAACUUAAAAACCACCAAAGAAAAAAAAAAGAUUUCCUCUCCCUCAUUCCCCUAUAUUUUAAUUUCUCGAUGGCGAUGGAGCCGGACAACAUACAAAUCCGAGUCCACUCACGGCGGGGCGGCGGCGGCAACAUGAUUCACCCGGUUUCAUUGGAAUCUCCACCGCCCUCCAUUCCCGCCGCCGGCGCGAAUUCCCCGAACGGCGUCGUUUACAGAGAAGUGAAGCAUUUCAAGAAAUGGCUCCCCUGGUUGAUACCUUCCUUCGUGGUAGCUAACACAGUUGUUUUCAUAAUCACAAUGUCUGUCAACAAUUGCCCUAAAAAUUCCGAUUCAUGCGUCGCCGCUUUCCUCGGCCGGCUUUCCUUUCAGCCCUUCAAGGAAAACCCUCUUCUCGGCCCUUCUUCUUCCGCGUUAGAGAAAAUGGGUGCUUUAGACGUGUAUAAAGUUGUCCACCAAAAUCAAGGGUGGCGCCUUAUCACUUGUAUGUGGCUACACGGCGGCGUUCUCCACUUGCUUGCCAACAUGUUGAGUCUAUUAAUCAUCGGCAUUCGUCUCGAGCGAGAAUUCGGAUUCGUGAGAAUCGGUUUGCUUUAUCUGAUAUCUGGAUUCGGAGGAAGUUUGUUAUCGGCUCUUUUUAUUCAGUCGAACAUAUCAGUCGGUGCUUCCGGUGCACUCUUCGGAUUAUUAGGUGGAAUGCUUUCCGAGCUUAUUACUAAUUGGACUAUAUACGCUAACAAGGUAUCGGCUUUAUUGACACUUGUAAUAAUUAUUGCUAUCAACUUAGCCGUAGGAAUUCUCCCACACGUGGACAACUUUGCACACAUUGGAGGGUUUUUAUCGGGGUUUUUUCUCGGUUUUGUUUUUUUGAUACGCCCGCAGUUCGGAUGGGUUAGCCAGAGAUAUGCUCCGUCUAUUAACUCGUCUGCAUCAAAUACCCCUAAAUUUAAGACAUAUCAGUGUGUGCUUUGGUUGUUUUCGCUGAUCCUUGUCAUAGUCGGGUUUACGGUUGGAUUGGUUUUGCUUCUUCGUGGAGAGGAUUUGAACGAUCAUUGCUCGUGGUGCCAUUAUCUAAGCUGUGUUCCUACUUCGAGGUGGAGGUGCAACACACAGCCGAUUUCAUGCCAGGCUGAGCAAACGGGGAGUCAAUAUAUAUUGACAUGCUCGAACAGCAGUAAAAGCAGGACGUAUUCGCUCCUCAAUCCAACUGCUAUACAGAUUCAGGGAUUAUGUACUCAGCUUUGUAUAUAAAUUUCAAUUUUUUUUUUCUUUCUUUCCGAGGGAAUGAGGUUGAAUUUAGUAUUAUUCAAUUUGUUUGUAAUUUUUAUUACAUUUAAGAUUUGAAGGUGUGAAGUUUGUGGCUUUUGGGUUGAGCUAUUACUAGACUGCUUGCAGUUCUUUUGUUAAUUUUGCAGUGAUUUGCUGAGUUUGCAUUUGUUUAUGUCAUGUAUUACAAAAUUUAUUAUUGUUGUUUAAAAGGUAAAUUCCACUUUACU